AUGGCCAUCUCUGUGUCCAAAAGAAAACCUAGAUUACCAUCCAAAAGUAAGGACGAAGCUUAUGAAGUUCAUCAUCAACACCAUAGUUGUUUAUAUACAAUCUUGUGCAAAAUUCUUUACAGAAUUCCUUUUGCAAUCUUCCUGUUAGCCAUCAUCUUCCUCUGGUCUUCCUCCACCACAAUCAUCUCUGGGAAAAUCGUUCAUGUCUGUCUUUCCUCGAGAAAGCUCAACAAUCUUUACUGCCUUUCUGCUGGCUCCCAGCCUGGAUUUAACAUCCCGGUUGAUGUUCCUCUAAGCAGCAAUAAUAACUCAACAAGUACAGUUUCUACCAGCAUUGUUGAUGGAGAUGAUGAUGAUGAUGAUGUAGCUACUGCUAUUAGAUCGGUUGAAGAACAGCUGAAAGUUCAUCGAUCAUUUGUGUCGAACAAUAAUUAUAAUGAAGCUAAUUCCUGUAAUGGGAAGGGGGUGUAUGUAUACGAUUUGCCUUCAAAGUUCAACAAGGACUUGGUGGGUCAAUGCAGCGACAUGAUUAUAUGGACAGAUUUCUGCAGAUUUUUCAAGAACAAUGCAUUGGGGGAGCCAAUUGAGGAGCUUGGAAAAGGGUGGUAUCACACUCACCAGUAUGCUCUGGAGCCAAUUUUCCAUGCGAGAGUUUUGAAGCAUCCAUGCCGGGUUUAUGACGAGAAUCAAGCCAAGCUAUUUUAUGUACCUUAUUACGGCGGAUUCGAUAUCUUAAGAUGGCAUUUCAAGAACGUUUCUAACGAGGUUAAAGACAGUCUAACGUUAGAGUUGAUGAAGUGGCUUGAAUCCAGAAAACCAUGGAUGAAAAAUUCGGGGAAAGAUCAUGUUUUUGUACUGGGUAAAAUCACAUGGGAUUUCAGGAGGAACAAUUUAUCUUCAUGGGGAACAAGAUUACUAGAGCUUGAAGAAAUGAAGAACCCAAUAAAGCUUUUGAUCGAGCGGCAUCCAUGGGAGAUCAAUGACAUUGGAAUCCCACAUCCAACUUUCUUCCACCCACAUUCAGAUGAUGAAGUUAUUUCAUGGCAGCUAAAGAUCAUGAGAUCGAACCGUAAAACCCUUGUUAGCUUUGCAGGAGGCGCAAGACCUAAUGACCCAGAAAACAUAAGGUCAAUUCUGAUUAACCAGUGCAAUGGUUCUAACAGUUCUGCAGAAACUAACGGAAGGUGUAGGCUUUUCAGCUGCAAAGCAGGUGGGUGCAACCAUCCUGGAUCAGUCAUGACUCUGUUCAUGGAAUCAGAAUUCUGUUUACAGCCUCCUGGUGAUAGUGCAACGAGAAAAUCAGUAUUUGAUUCGCUUAUUUCGGGUUGUAUUCCGGUUCUGUUUAACCCAUUCACAGCUUAUUAUCAGUAUCCAUGGCAUCUACCAGAGGAUUAUGAAAAAUAUUCAGUGUUAAUAGACCAAGAUGAUGUGAGGAAGAUGAAGGUUAAUGUGGUGAAGAGGCUGAUGAAUGUGCCAUUGAAGGAAAGAGAAGAUAUGAGGAGAUAUAUUGUGUAUGAGCUCUUGCCUGGUCUGGUUUAUGGGGAUUCAGAUUCUCAAUUCCAGAGAUUUCAAGAUGCAUUUUCCAUUACAAUGAAUAAUUUACUUGGAAGGGUUAGCAGAUUGGAGUGA